ACCUUGGGCAACUGAUCUUUCUACACUCAACCCGCACCCCGUGCAAUCCCACGCUCAGGUCGCAGACACUCUUUCAAUCCAGACGAUCGCGGUAGACGGCGGCAAACAUGGUUGGCAAAGUUAGCGACCGCGUCCUCCUUCGGGAAGGGCUCGAGCGCACCGACAAUGGCAUGAAGAUGACCAGCUGGCCCGACGUGCCGCCAAUAAACCAAAAGAACUACUACACGGAUUAUAUGAAGCGCGACGACCAGAUCCUCUCGCUCCGACUGCAGAAUGAGGCGAACAGGGAGAGACUGGUGCAGAACGCCAAGGACCGUGACCGCGCCAUGAACACGACCAAUGGCGAGAUUCCUCUCCCUCUGGACGACCUACAAGGGGAGGAUGGGCCGGCACCGUCAACGGCCUUCAUGGACCCAUCUAAGAUCAUCGUAAUACAUCCCGGGAGUCAGAACCUGCGCAUUGGCUUCGCCAGCGACGCCCUCCCAAAGACCAUCCCGAUGGCGUUAGCAACGAGAUAUUCCCAGACCGAGUCCGAGAUGUACGAGUCGCUGCCGCGGCGGCAGUUUGAUGGCCGGAGCAUGGACCAGCAGCACGGGGAGGAGUGGUCCAAGAGAUACCAGAAGAUGGUCAACGACCUCAAGGUCGACAUGCGCGCCAACAAGCGCAAGGUGCUCCCUAAUUCCAAAGAUCUCGUCGUCAGCCACAACCGGCGGACGGAGCCCGAGAUCAUCCCGCACCACAACGACCCCCUGCAGGUCGAGUGGACAGAUGUCAAGACUCCGCAGGAUUCCGGUACGACUCCAACGGUUUUCAUCGGGCAACAGGCCCUGCGUGUCCCGGACGACUCGAACCCCAAGUUCAAGCUCUGGUGGCCGAUCCAACACGGUUGGUUGAACGAGGAUGACUACGACACGUGGGCGCACCUGUUCAACGACCUGGAGACCUUGCUUGACCGGGCCUUCCGGUGGGAGCUGGGUCUGAAGCGCAAGGCAGAAUGGAAACAGUACAGCUGCGUCCUCAUCAUCCCGGACCUCUACGACAAGCGCUAUGUCGAACUGCUCCUGCACCUCUGCAUCGAGCUGUUCGAGUUCGGCCGCGUAUCGUUUAUCCAGGAGAGCAUGGCGGCGACCUUUGGCGCAGGAUACACACAGGCCUGUGUGGUCGAUGUUGGUGCCCAGAAGACAUCCAUCGCCUGCGUAGAAGAUGGUCUUUGCAUGGAGGACUCGAGGAUCAACCUCAAAUUUGGCGGCUACGACGUCACCGAAACUUUCAUCAAAAUGAUGCUUUACGACCACUUCCCGUACCAGGAGAUCAAUCUCCGCCGGCGGUAUGACUUCCUGUUGGCGGAAGAGCUCAAGAUCAAGUAUUGCACCCUGUCCCAGGCGAACAUCUCGACCCAAACCGUCGACUUCCAUCUGCGCGCCCCUAAUCAACCGACGCGCAAGUAUCAGUUCAAAUACUACGACGAGGUCAUUCUAGCCCCAAUGGGCUUCUAUGACCCGUCAAUAUUCGACAACUCGACCAAGCUCCGUGGCCGACGGAAGCUGAUCGAGCGAUCGUACAAUGCCUACGAUGUGGAACUCCCCGACGACCCAGCAUCGGCCGCCCAGCUUGCCAUCUUGGCGCUCAUCCAGCCCUCGGUCAUCGCAACAUCGACCAGUUUUGCGGGCGCCCCCGGCGAGAUGUCAACGCCCAGCAAAGAGCGCACCCAACCCUUCAACUUCCUCUCCCGCAACGGCGACGCCAAUGGCACGCCAGGCACCUCCAAGGCGCCCUCCCCGGCCCCAGAAGGCGCCAGCACGCCCGUCCCCCCCCCUUACAUCUUCGGCUCCUCAUCGCGGGACGUGAACGGCAGUCCGGCCCCCGGCGGCCGCAGCACACCGGCCCCGGCAAACGGCACCUCAGUGCUCCCUGGGACCUCCUUCGACGGCCCGCAACAACAACCACAACAACAACGUAACGCCAAAUCCCUAGCGAUCGAGCGCGACUCGGUGCUGCCGCUCGCGCCGCUCGACAUCGCCAUCAUGACGUCGAUCCAGAACGCGGCCAAGGGCGACGAAAAGAAGGUGCGCGAGCUGCUGGGCAGCAUCAUGGUCAUCGGCGGCGGCGCUAAGAUCCCGCACUUCGCCCCCUUCCUCGAGGAGAAGCUCAAGCUGCGGCGGCCGGAUCUUGCCGACCGCAUCCUGGUCAGCCGCAGCGCGCGCGAGAUGGACGAGCAGGUCGUCGUCUGGAAGGGCGCCAGCGUCUUCGCCAAGCUGCCGACCAACGAUUCGUGGAUCUCGGGGUACGAGUACAAGAUGCUGGGGAGCAGGGUGAUUUAUCACCGGGUGCUUUGGCAGUACUAGUCUUUCCUACGGAGCUAUGCAGGGCUUUGGUUACGUAUGAUGGAUGGGUGUAUGGGAAGGAAACGAACUUGAAGUUGGUAGGGGGGUAAAAUGGAGGGUUGGCGGAGGAGUUUAUGGCGUGUUUUAUCAGGGUAGGUGCUAUUGUGGAAAAUACACUGG